UUCGUAGCGCGCGGUCGUCUGUACCCGUGUUGUUAGUGUUACUGCCGAUUUUAUUAGGCCAAUACGUUUAAAGUGUAAUGGAUUCGGUACUGAAAAAUAUUCGUCACAGUGAUAGCGUGACUUAAACAAUAAAAUUGUCAUUACCCAGUGCAUAUUUGGAACUGUUUGAAUUUUGCAAAAAGUUUCACGUUGUGUUAUUUUUUGAGUGGUUGUGCGAUGUGUUUGAUAAUGAACGACGAAAGUUUAUGUCAGUUCACGAUUUGGACAGCGAACGAAGACUUCGGCUCGGAAUAUCAAAUACCAUCGCACAGUUUUUCUGCACUAUAUGUAGCGAUUGUGUGUUAAAUAAUUCAAAUGAUAGUUAGAAAAUAAACGUCAUGAGCAUAGUCGAAUGUGUGCAGAAAAUUAUAUUGGCGUUCCUAUUGUUCGCCAUAUCGAAAUCGCCGUCGGCAACACAGAAUUCUAUCAUUUCAGGUAGCGCGCUAACUCCGGUUGCGGGGACCGUGACGCGGGUGUCGUCGGUGGCGGGUGGCGAUGCCGAUCUGCCGUGCGACUCACGCCCGCCUUUGCACAAUGACAGCCUCCUACUUGUCGUCUGGUAUAGGGACGACAAUCCUGUUUACAGUUACGACACGCGUGUGCAAGGGCCCACUGCUCAUUGGACGGAUGACGCGUUCGCGGAGCGAUCCCGCUGGCUCGGCAUGCCGCACUCUUCGCUGCGACUGCGCAACGUGCAGGCUCGCGACCGCGCCAUCUACAGGUGUCGGGUUGACUUCCAAGUCUCCCCUACGAGAAAUUAUAGAAUCGCUCUCGAUGUUAUUGAACUCCCGAACAAACCGGUGAUCUUCGAUGAGUACGGCAACGAAGUGUCCGGAGUUGCAGGGCCUUAUUAUGAGGGCACAGAUUUCAAAUUAAUAUGCUCAGUAAGUGGAGGUAAUCCAAUUCCGCGAGUGCAGUGGCUUCAGGGCGAUACUGUGCUCGCGACGCUAGGUGUCGGCGAAAUUCAGCUCGGCCCCACGAGGUCAUUGAACCUGCUAAUAAGGAAUGCAUCGCGAUCGCAUUUCACAACCGUUUAUACUUGUACUGCAGACAACACUUUGUUGGCACCGCCUCAACGGUCUACCGUCCGGGUGGAUCUAUACUUACGACCUCUAACGGUGGAAAUAUUAUCAAGAGAACAACCAUUAUCAGUGGGAAGGAAAGCAGAUUUGUGGUGCAAGUCGACGGGAGCUCGCCCGCCAGCGACAAUGACAUGGUGGCUAAGCGGGAAAAAACUUAAUACAGAAACAAAACAGCAGAUGACGAUGGAGGAAGGUAAUGAGACACAAUCGCUACUGCAAUGGACGCCUCAGAAAGAGCACAAUGGACAAGUACUUGCGUGCAGAGCUGAGCAUACGAAGUUUAACCAAUCCACUAUUGAAAGCAGAUUGACGUUAAACAUAUACUAUGUUCCAAUCGCGAGAAUGCACCUCGGCUCCAAGAUGAAUCCGAACGACAUCGAGGAAGGCGAUGAUGUUUACUUUGAAUGUGAGGUCGACGCGAACCCGCCUGCUUAUAAAGUUGUAUGGGAACACAAUGGUGUUUUAUUACAAAAUAACCCUCCCAAUGGAGUGAUAUUGACUGGCAAUACGAAUUUAGCGUUACGUAACGUGUCUCGACAUCAGGCGGGGAAGUACACGUGCACCGCAUCUAAUGUAGAAGGCGACGGAAAGUCACCGCCUUUGCAACUACAAGUUGUUUACCGUCCCGUGUGCCGAAGGGGCGAGGUUAAAUUGAUCGGGGCUGCAUUACAAGAGCCAUCGAGCGUCGAAUGCGAAGUAGACGCGUUUCCACCGCCCAAUACUUUCGAGUGGACUCUCAACAACUCCGCGACCUCGAUAAAGGUCGAUCCUGAUCGGUUUUCAAUCGACGCGUCCGCUGGAAAAUCGAUAUUAACAUAUCUGCCGGUAUCUGAAAUCGAUUACGGGACGCUGUCGUGUCGGGCGACUAACUUAGCGGGGCAGCAAGUUUCGCCGUGCGUGUACACACUGCUGCCGGCCACGCGCCCCGACCCGCCCGCCAACUGCACCGUGUACAACCUCACACACGACUCGUUGGAUUUAAUGUGCUUACCAGGUUAUGAAGGUGGUCUCCAAUGUGUGUUUGUUGCUGAAGUGUGGGCAAAUGAAGGUCUUGUAGUAAACGCAAGUAACGGAGCAGCCCUUUGGAAUCUUAGAAGACUCGGAGCUAAGAGACAGUUAAAAAUAAUCGUGUACGCUGCUAACGCCAGAGGACGAUCGGAACAUGUCAUUUUUACAGUAGAAACUGCACCCAGAUUAUCUCCAAGAACAGAAGCACAAGAAGCGUGGGAGGUGAACUGGGCAGUGGGCGGCGUGCUGGGCGCGGCGUGCACGGUCGCCCUUAUCUUGUGCUUAGCGCUACUCGCUACCAGAUUACGUCACCGGUCGCGGGAUUACGAAGGAACAGACUGUCCGCCGGACCCGCCGCUUUAUUCUACGGUGGUCAAUAAAGAGGCUAAGAACUCGAACAGUUCCCAGAGCUUAGUUAGCACUCAAACUCCUAACACACCUUUAUCCCCCCUCACUCAUAACUCUGAGACUCAGAUUGAUCGUACUGGAAUAAACGGGACAGCGAGAUUACAUAGAGAAGUUGUUACAACUAGAACACCAUUAUUAGCAGCUCAUCAAGAAAGUUGUGUUUAA